AUGACAGCAACUGCUGCAAUCAUGGCUGGACUUGCAGCUGUGAGUGGAGCUGGAGCACCCAUUUUGGCUCUCAAGCUCUCUUCUAGUCUCCUAUAUAUGGCUGUCACUGGGAUUUUGUUGGUGAUGAAUAAGAUCCAACCUUCUCAGCUAGCAGAGGAGCAGAGAAAUGCUUCAAGGCAUUUUAAGAGGCUUAAUGAAGAGAUCAGAACCACUCUGGCUUUAAAUACCCGAACAUUAAAGAUUGUUUUUUCAGCAUAUAAAGUGGUAGCAAAUAAACAUACCUGGAAAUCGAUGGAUGAGCAGAAAUGGGAUUGUAAGGAAGACGAUUCUAAGAAAAAAAUGAGGAAGAAGCUGAAUUCUUGA